AUGAUUUCUAGUGGAUCUGCUGGUAGGUUUAUAUUCGUAAUAUUGUUGCUAUUAAGUUUAGGUAUCGAAAGUCAUGAAUAUACAAACACCGACUCGAAACAGACGAAAGGCAAAGGGAAAAGAUGGGCAGUUCUAAUUGCCGGGUCGAGUGGCUACGAAAACUACAGACAUCAAGCUGAUAUAUGUCAUGCAUAUCAAAUAUUAAAGAGUGGUGGAUUGGAUGAUAAGAACAUCAUAGUUUUCAUGUAUGAUGAUAUUGCAUUCAGCCAAGAAAAUCCAAGGCCUGGAAUUGUCAUUAACAACCCUCUUGGUAAAGAUGUUUAUCAUGGAGUUCCCAAGGAUUAUACAGGAGAUGAUGUCAAUUCCAAUAACUUUUUUGCUGUAAUCCUUGGAAACAAGACUGCUCUUACUGGUGGUAGUGGUAAGGUUGUAGACAGUGGCCCAGAUGAUCAUAUUUUCAUAUACUAUGCUGAUCAUGGAUCUCCUGGAUAUCUGGGGAUGCCUAGUUAUGAAGAUGAAGUCACAGCAAAAGAUUUCAUACAUGUGCUGAAGAAGAAGCACGAAGCUAAGAGUUACAAGAAGAUGGUAAUUUACGUGGAAGCUUGUGAAUCUGGAAGCAUUUUUGAUGGUCUUCUUCCAGACAAUAUGAAUAUAUAUGCAGUGACAGCAGCAAAUCCAAAUGAAAGCAGCUGGGGAUAUUACUGUCCAGGAGAUACUCCAGAUAUUCCUCCUGAAUAUGAUACCUGUUUGGGAGAUUUAUUCAGUAUUUCCUGGAUGGAAGAUAGUGAUAUGCAUGAUGUCAGUAAAGAAACUCUCAAAGAACAAUACAAAGUGGUGAAGAAUAGAACAGCAACAACAAAUAAAGAGAUGGGUUCUCAUGUCAUGCAGUAUGGAAGCUUGGAUAUUGCAAAUGAUUUUCUCUCUGGUUAUUUAGGAGAAAAUUAUCCCGUAAAACAUAAGCCUCCUCAAAUAUUCUCUCAUUCUACGAGACUUGUCUCUCAAUAUGAUGCUGAAUUACUCCAUUUCCAGCACGAGUUUCUUAAAGCUCCAAAAAACUCUGAAGCAAGAAACGAAGCUCGAAAGAAACUCCAGGAUGAAAUUUUUUACAGAAAGCAAAUCGAUUACAGCAUUAAACAAAUUGCAAUGCUUUUGCUCGGUGAAGAAGAUGGUCCUAAAAUGUUGACUUUGACUCAACCAGCCGGGCACCCUCUUGUCCAAGAUUGGGACUGCUUUAAAACACUGAUAAAGAGUUUGAAGAAGAACUGUGGAUGGUCCUCAUCGUCAUCAAGAUAUGGAAUGAAGUAUACAAGAGUGGUAGCAAAUAUUUGCAAUGCAGGCAUAAACAUGGAGCAUGCAGAUUUAGUCAUGGGACAAGCAUUUUCUAUGAAAUUUAAUACAACUUCUAUUAAAUAUUAA